AAUUCUUCUGACUGAAGCUUUAGCUUCUCAGGAGGGGUUAUAUAUAGGCUGCCAGGCUAGAAGCCUUAGCAACAGAGAAGAGAUGGUAGGCAGUGGUGAAGGCAAAAGCUUUGCUGUAACACUUUAAGCCCAUUAAUUUCUCAGUCGCCAAGGGAAACGAUGCUUUGCUCCUCAUCACCAGUGGAUUUGGCAAAUUAGACAGGAAGGAAAGGCAGAAAAAGAACAAAACCCACCAGACUAUAGUGCCUGGAUGUCUGCUGGCAGUUUGGCUCUGCUGAGAAGCAAGAAAUUGAUAUUUGGGAAGGAGGAAAGACUUCAGUUUCUGAGACAAUGGAACCAGUCAUUGUGGGUAUUGAAGACUUGGUGACCUGGUGAACCAGACAUGACUUGAAGAGUUUCAUCUAGAGUAUCUUCUCCUCUGUCAAAGAUCUUUGCAUCUCCUUCUUGAUAGAAGCUGAAUUUCUUUCUUGUGGAAUUUUAUUGGUCAUCUAAGAGAAGAUCUGGAUGAUGGAUGCAGGGUUGAAAUCUGUUGUACAAUAGGAUUCUUCAAGCUGUAAAGACUUGGCCUUUCUGGAAAUUAUCAUCUGCUUCUGUGGCUAUCUAAUCUAUCCUGAACUGCCCAGCCCAUUUCCAUCCCCACUCCUACUCUUUUCCCAUCCACCAAGCAUCCUACCUCUGGUGAUUGCAAUGUACUGGACAUUGCUUUUCCUCAUCUUUUCCCCACUACUGUUAGCCUCUGAACAUGGCUUACCCAAAUUUAUCUGCAGUCCUAUGCCAUUGGAUAUGGAUAAUGGUUGCCAGUCAAAUGGCCAUCAACGACAUGGAAGCGCAGCUAAUGGUGCAGGCAGUAGCCAUUGGGUGGGGACUCUAGAAGAAGCUAAGGAAACCAUCCUGCAUCUGCGGGAGACAGUGGUGCAUCAAAAGGAAAUGAUCCUUGACCAGAGAGAGACUGUGAGAGAACUGACAGCCAAGCUGAGCCACUGCGAAACCCAUUCCCGGAGGCAUAGUGAGCACCAUGGAAAUCAUCAGGAAGAGAAUCAUAACCAUAAGCACGGCCAUCAUGAAGGUGGGUAUCGGGGUCAUCAUGAUAAUGGUCAAAGGGGACAUCAUGAGGUUGCCCACCAGUCUCACCAUGAAGAUGGCCAUAGGGGACAUCGUGAUGCUGGCCAUCGAGAUCCCCAUGAAGGCCACCAUGCCCAAGAGAAUGAGCAUCAUCCAACUGCACAACCUGGGAACCAUGAACCACAGGUCAGUCACAACACUCAUCAUUCUUCUCACAAGGCACAUACACCUGCUCAGUCUAAUGCUAUGGAAGAUCCACCCAAUGAAGCAUCUGCUGCAAUACAUCAGAUGGAGAGAAUGUUGAAAUCCCUGAAGGAGAGACUGGAGCAUUUACAG